GACCGGUUUCCUAAGGUUAGGGUUUCAGAGCAUGAGUGACGACCACCGAUUCGAAAGCAUCGACGCAGAACUGUAAGUGAAUCAGGGGCCGAUGGUUGCGAUGUGCUGAUCUCCUCCGCCGCCGUCGCUCAGCUCUGUUUGGUCCAGAGGGAGCAAGGGUGGUGCUUGUCCGGCCAUCUCACCGCCGCCACCGGCCACCGGCCACCGCCGCGCCGACGAAUCGAGCUCAGGCCUGGAAGCUUCCGGCGCGCACCACCUGUUCGACGGAAUGCCUCAGACAAGCAGGGCAGAUAAAUCGUCAAAGUCCUGCCAUGAGGACCGGCUCAGCGCCCUGCCGGACGACGUCCUGCACCAGGUCCUUGGCUUCCUGCAGGCGGAUGAGGCAGUGCGCACCUGCCUGCUCGCCAAGCGCUGGCGCUACCUUUGGAAAUCUAUGCGCCGUCUUCGCAUCAACGGAAGCGGGGGUGAGUGGUGGGGGAGCACUGACGUUUUCCUUACCAAGUUUGUGAGCUGCCUGUUGCUUCUCCGAGACCCUGGCUCGACUCUGGAUGAGGUCGAGAUCGAGUAUGCUAAUCAUUUUGGUGAUGAUCAUACUUGGAUAUCAACAUGGAUCCGUCAUGCUUUGUCAUGCCAAACUCAGGUCCUCACUGUCAAGUUCCCUUUGCCGGUGCACGUGGACCGCUAUUUGGAUGGCCCUCCUCUGGUCUCCCGGUAUUUAAGAAGAUUAGAGAUUUCUCAAGUGAGGUUGAAGAGCAACUUCCUAAAUUUUUCAAGCUGUUCAACACUGGAGGAUCUAAAGAUAAAAGACUGUGACUUAUAUGCUAGUAGCAUCCUGUCCCAGUCUGUAAAACAUCUGAGCAUCAAGGAUUGUUUUUUCAAGGAUGAUGUCCGGAUUAGUAUUUCUGUCCCAAAUCUUGUUUCUCUGCAACUCAGAUCAUAUGGAGGCAGAACCCCAUUUCUCGAAAGCAUGUCGUCAUUAGAAACCGCAGUUGUCAGUGUUGAAGUCUGGUCGGUGAAUUACUGUCGUAAAGGUUUUUUUGCUGGAGAGUGUUGUGGUACAUGUCUAGAUUGCUGUGGUAAUGGACACGGCUGCGUACUUCUUGGAGGUCUGUCUCGUGCUAAAAACUUGCAGUUGAUAGCUCAUCCGGAAAUGUUUAUUUUCAGAAGGGAUUUGAGAUGGUGCCCUACAUUUAGCAAGUUAAAGACAUUGUUGCUGAACGAGUGGUGUGUGCAACCUGACCUUCGUGCACUAGUUUGUAUGCUUGAACAUUCGCCGGUUCUUGAAAAUCUGACACUUCAAUUGUGUAAGCAAGAAAAACCUGCAUGUGCGGUGGAAGUGGAAGAAAAUCCUGGUUUGGUGGAGAAACCAGCGGCUAUUUCAGGAUACCUGAAGAUUAUUAGAGUGAAAUGUGAAGACGUUGAUGGCAGAGUUUGCAAAGUUCUGAACUUCUUGAGUACAUUUGGCAUUGAAAUUACUAUCCAACGGACCAAGGGAUAGAUGGAGAAAGUGUAAGUUAACUUGUGACUCUCCUUGGUUAUAAUACAGUUUAGUUAUAUAGGAAGCCUUCAUAUAAUGGGGUUACAAAACACCGAACAUUAUCUAUUUUGUUGGAUAGUAUUAUACAGUGAGGCAUGUCAACUAAUUAACUCCCACUAGGUAUGAAAUGUGGUAAUACAAUCAUUGAAGCAUUGCAAAUAUAAAAAAAAAUAGCAUAAUGUAGUUGUGCUUAUCAAUCUAAUAUAUCAAGUUUAUAUCAGAAGCAUUGCAUCGAUACAUACACAUUCAGUACAUAGCAAUUGGUCCACGAAACAACAAAAGGCUUCAGUCCAAAAGCAAACUAUACAUAUUUAGUACAUAGCAGUUGGUCCAGGCAACUACAAAAGACUUUAGUCCAAAAGCAAGCCAAGACAAUCCAUCAUAACAUAACAAAUACAAUAACCAGGUCGUGGCAUGUCUUGAUCAAGCGAGAUGCAAUGCGAGAUAAUAAACCUACUUAGUGGUGGUUCUGGAUAAUUUGUUUACACUGUUUUUACACAACAUAGCAGUAAACUAUAUAGUAUACUAUUAGAUAGAUCAUAGAUAUCUCUAUAGAGACGCCUGCCAUCCGAUUUGCUUGCGUGUUGCGAUAUCUGCUGAAGGAUAUAUCGUAUACUUGUAAUCAUGUGUAGAGUAAUGAAUAAAACAAUAGAACACCAUUAUCUGAUACUCUGCAUUUGCAAAACAUUCUGUUUCCAGAUUAUAGCUUGUCCUAUGAGCCAAUUAUGGUAGACCUCGAAAGCAUAGACCAGAAAAUUACUUAGUCAUGUCACUUCAUGGCUUCAACUGUUCAUAACUCAACAACACAAAUCAAAUAGAAGAUCGAGAAGUCCUCAUUAGCACAACACAGAAACCAAUCUAUAUAAAUAAAUAACCAGAGUUUGUUGGAGUAGAGUCCAAUGAUGUGAGACCUAUAUUUUUUUCAGACAAAAGAUAGCUCAACUAAGAUUGUUGCUUUAAAUAACCAAUGGCUCUACCGUCAGGUGGCAUAAUGUUUAUCCUCCUGAUUGAUAACUCAAGUAACAACUGUUUUGUAAGGAAAAAUUCAUUUUAAAGGAUGAAACUACAUGGAAGGAAAAACAUAAAACAGGGAAUAUGUUUUCAAAGAUAGAUUAGCCAACUGCAUUUUAAAAUAUAAGUUGAUUAGUUAUCUGCAUGUCACUCAAGGGGAAACAUUAAAUGCAUACUAUUUUUCACGGGUAAAAGGGUGCAUACUUCAGAAAGCACCAAUUGUAGGCAAUGCAUCUGGCCUGGAUGAACGGGGAUCAGGCAGAACGCAACGAAGCAGCAAGAUCCUGCAUCAUUGUAAGCAUAAGAAAUCCAUACAAUUUCUGAUCAGAAAGAGAAAAGAUAAGCGGGGCGAAAGCCUUUUUCGGUAAGAUAUUGGCAUCCCCAUUUUUCUCGAAAGUGCCAAAGUUACUAAUACAAGGUAGUAUUAUAAGAAUGGUUUUUAUACAAUGAAGAACAUGGCAACUCCUAAUUAAUAGCUAGCAUAUAUGCAGAUACCACUCCAAAUGAAAUAUGUGAGUAGAUGAGUACAUUUAAACUGAUAAGAAAAAAAAAGAAUAUCAAGGAAAGCAAGACUACAGCAGGUUCGAAGAAAUAAGUAGGAUGUGCUUCGAUACUUGGAUGCCUUGUUUCUAGACUACGAGCACAACUCAAAUAUAAAUAUGGUGAUAUGAUUAGUUGAAAGUUGCCGGCAUCCAAAGAAUAAUAAUGACUGCAGUCUAUUAAUUAAAGGACACUUCUGAAAAGAACGGACAUUCUGGAAUGGUAUUUUUUUCGCAUGCAGUUGAUAUUUUUUGUGUUUUUUAUUUUGUUAGAAUCCUAUAAAAAGAUCUUUCCAUAACAAUAUUAAUAUCAGGCAAUUCCAUACCACAAUAACUAAAAAAAUG